GAGAAGGUGAAAAAAGGCAGAUGACAGCGGCGAUGACAGGAGCCGGGUGGCAGCGUGGGAGGCACAGGUGAAGCCACUGGGGCUGAUUAGGAGGCUGGACCAGUUCCGCUGGGCAGAGUCGGAGGCUGAGAGGCCGGAGAUGUCUCUCGAAACAUUCGCACCUUUUCUUUGUGUUUUUUCCCCCACCAUCAUCAAUCACGGCCCAAUCAUCUCCCAGUGUUGGCUGAAAAAAACAGUCAUCAAAGGGUACUAGGGUCGCCCUUAUCACCCACGCUCCCAAGGGUGGACAGCUCAGUCCAUCUCGGCUAAAAUGACACCAGGAUCUCUGCGCCUCCUCCUCCUCCUCCUCCUCCUCGCCCUCCAGCUGAGAUGCGCCGACCCGCUCGCCAUCCCGAAGGACGGGCUGCCGGCGGGGCAGCCGCGCGCUGUGGACGUGGCGGCGCCGGACGCGCUGCUCCACGCCGAGGAGUUCCCCCGACGUCCGGCGGCGGCUCCACACAAGAAGGCGCCGCAGUUCAUGCUGGAUCUGUUCAACGAAGUGUCAGCGUCCGCCGGGACGCCGAAAAGCCAAAAGGAGAUUUUGGAUGGAGACACAGUUCGGAGUUUCGAGGAUAAAGGUCGUGCUGGAGAAAGGUUUCACUUCUUCAAUUUGUCGUCUUUUGGUCGAGAGGAGAUAAUGAUCAAAGCAGAGUUCCGUUGGUUCAGAAAGAAACAGAAUUUCUACCUAGGAAAGUUGCAUGGGCCUCAUUUCUAUAAGGUGGAUCUGUAUGAGGUGAUAGACAGCCAAGUGAAGCCGUGGAGAGGAAACCUGAUCACCUCCAGACUGGUGCCACUCUACACGCAGGGAUGGGAAGUCUUCAACGUCACGCAAAUGGUGUCGAAGUGGAUUCGAAACAGUCAGGAGAACAACGGAGUCCUGGUAGUGACCACGCUUCCUUCCAUGAUGGAGCAUGUGAGGUCUCCACCUAAACAGAGCAGAGAGCUGAUGAAGGCAAACUCCUACCUGGUGAUAUUCUCAGAUGAUGGGAGGACGGGAGCAUCCAACCAGACCUACCUGGGACAAGCUCCGCCCGCCGCUGCAGCCCCUGAGCUCCAGGACCACCGCAUCAAGCGGCGCCACGCGUCCCCCGGCUCCCCGCCUCGCGGCGCCACGCUGCCCUGCCAGCGGGUGCCCCUGUUCGUGGACUUCGAGGACAUCGGCUGGUCCGGCUGGAUCAUCUCCCCCCGCGGCUACAACGCCUUCCACUGCCGGGGCUCCUGCCCGUUCCCCCUGGGAGAGAGCCUCCGAGCAACCAAUCACGCCACGGUGCGCUCUAUCAUGCAUGCCCUCCGCCUCUUUCACGAGGACGUGGGCGCGCCCUGCUGCGUGCCCGACAGACUCCAGUCCAUCAGUCUGUUGUAUUUUGACGACGAGGAGAACGUAGUUUUGAAGCAGUAUGAUGACAUGGUGGCAUUGAGCUGUGGCUGUCACUGACUGACUGACACAUCACAUAACAGUGGGACAAUGGUGGAUGUGGAGAUGCUGCUGAUUAAAACACUGUAUUUUAAUGUCUAUGUUUAAAUAUUGUAUUAUUUUGUUAAAAAAACAUUCCUUUGCUAUCAGUCAACCUCUCUCUGCCUACUUUAGAUAUCUUCCUGCCCAGAUGCCGGAAUAGACCAUGAAUUCCACACUUGACACCCUAAUGUCCAAAUAACCUGAGAUAAGCUGAUUCAUAUUGCACUCAUCCCAUUAAAGUUUAGUUCACCUGUGUUAGUUUACUGCUGAUCCCACUUCCCACGGUUGUUAUAUGACUCUGAAUGUUGUGGGCCAACAUUUCCUCUUUUCUAAUAGGGUUUCAGUAUUUGAAAUAAGUGAAGCCACCAUCGCGUCCGCUCAGUAGGGCAGCAAAGAUGAUCAAAUAUAAUAGAACAACAGAUUUGUCAUUAACGAAAUUGCUGCAGAUUAAAUUGUUGAUUGAGUGACUGAUUAAUGUUGAACUAAUUGAAAUAAAUAUUGUAGCUUUUCUCGAGAGUUUGACUUCUUUAACAGUUUUUUUUUUUUCAGUUUUAGCAGAAUUUGACGGUAAAUAUUGUCCAUUUUUUUAAAACCGAUAUUAGAAAAGCCUGAUGUGUCUUUUAUGCUGACUUAAGAAAAAUGAAUGAAGAAAUGAAAUGUAAACUCUGAGUUUGUAAGAAUUUUACAGAAAAAUUUAAUGUGGAUCAGAAACUGUAUUUUUUUAAAUGUGUCCAAAAAUGCAUCUUUUAUUGUCUAGCGGUGUGGAUACGAAAAUAAAAGGAACCCACGAGAUCAGA